AUGAUUGACGUCGAGACGGAGCGAAAGCUCGCUCGCACGCUGCUGAUGGAGUUGAUGUUUGCCUCUCCUGUGCGAUGGAUCGAAACCCAAGAUGUGAUUUUGUCUCGUACGGAAGGCGAGCGCAUCAUUGAGGUUGGCCCCAGUGCAACGCUGCUGGGUAUGUUUCGCAAAACCAUCGACACGAUUUAUCCAACGCAAGAAUGCGCUUUGCCGGCUCCGCGACAGCUCCUCCAUUCCGAGAAGAACACAGACGAUAUAUACUACAGGGGUGUGCCUGAUCAGACUGAGUCACUCCAGACCGAGCCGCAGACACAAACGACGACACAAUCGCAACCAGCACCUGCUGAUUCAGCUCCCAAGGUCACUGUGGAGGUGACAACCACAGCUUUGCCGACACCAAGGGUGCAUGUUGAAGUUGUGAACAUUGAGGAUCAGAAUGUUCAAGCCCGGGAUAUUAUAUUCGCCAUUGUUGGCAGGGCAUUGAAGCGAGCGGCAUCUGAAAUCGACGGGAGCAAGUCCAUCAAAGCUUUAGCCGAAGGCAGAUCGACUCUAGAAAAUGAAAUUAUCGGCGACCUGCACGCCGAAUUCGGUACGUUGCCGGAGCGUGCAGAGGACCUUCCUCUCGGCCAAGUUGGACCAGAAGUCCAGUCCAGCCACAAGGGUUCUCUGGGCAAGGUAACCACUGCUAUGAUAAACAGCCUCUUCACCACAAAAAUGCCCAGUAGCUUCACUGCAGCGACUGCACGAGAACAGCUGCAAGCGCAAUGGGGACUGCAAUCAGGUCGCCAAGAUGCGUGUUUGCUCUGCGCGGUCGCAUCUCAACCCACAAGUCGCAUUUCCACUGAGUCCGAAGCGCGUAAUUUUAUUUCCAAUGCCGCUCAGACAUAUGCGAAAAGAGAGGGGUUGACUCUGAUCCAACCCAGUUCAUCGGAUGUCGUCGGUACAGGAAGUGGUGUCAUGAUGGAUCCGGAAGCGGUCCGAGCCGUUACCGAGUCCCAAGAAAACCUAUCAAAACGCUUGCUCGAGACUUAUGCCAAGCAUUUGGGUAUCGAUCUGGAAGCAGAUCGACAGGCGCUAGAGACUUUGCGUGAAGAUGUCGUUACUGGAUUGCAGGCUGAUCUCGAUGUCUGGCAUACAGAGCAUGGGUCGGACUACGGAAACGGUAUUCGACCACGCUUUGAUGCUAAAAAAAUUCGAAGCUAUGACUCUUCUUGGAAUUGGGCGCGUCAGAGCCUACUCGAGCUCUUUGAGUACACUUCAAGCGUCGAAAAUGCUGCGCUGGAUCACGACGCGGUAGCGAAGCGGUGCUAUCAUAUCGCCAACGCCGCCGACCAGACUAUUUUGCCUAUGUUGGACGAGAUGGUUUUCCGAAUGCAAGAUAGCGCUCUCUCACAACCGAUCUUUGAAACUUUGAAGAACAAUUGCGAGAAUAACUUGCGGUCGGGACCAGCAUUCAAGGGGUCACCCCGGCAGCUGGCGCCCCUCACAAUCAUCGAUAAUCAGGGUAAUCUUCAGUACAAGGAAAGCCCUCGGCAAAAUUCGGCACGCUUUGCUGACCUCUCUCUUCCACGGUCGGCACUCGAAAAUAACCCUUUGGUUAGCACCGAACCAUACCUCCAUCUGAAACAGCGAACGACUUCUGGAUGGGAAUAUUCCGAGGACCUUACUCGCAAUCUCUACCGGGUUUUCCACGAUGUCGAGACACAAGGCGACUCUUUCAGUGGUCAAACAGUUUUGAUCACAGGUGCUGGCAUCGGAUCCAUCGGAGCCGCCAUGAUUGUUCAUUUCCUCCAAGGCGGAGCUCGAGUGCUUGUCACGACCUCUUCCAUGUCCCCGCAAGUAGCAGCCAAAUACCAAGCCUUGUACAUGGAGCACGGAGCACGGGGGUCCCAGCUUGUUGUUGUGCCGUUCAAUCAAGGAAGUGCGCAAGAUGUUGCCGCUUUGAUAGAACAUGUGUACGAUGAGAAGAAUGGACUGGGAUGGGAUUUGGAUUAUCUCAUCCCCUUUGCUGCUAUCAGUGAAGCUGGCCGGACUCUGGAUUCGAUUGAUUCCAAAUCAGAACUAGCACAUCGAAUCAUGUUGACCAACCUGUUGCGAUUGCUGGGCACAGUGAAGAAUCACAAAGAGUCCCACGGUCACCGCACCCAUCCCACCCAGGUGGUGUUACCGCUAUCCCCCAAUCAUGGCACAUUCGGAGGUGAUGGUCUCUAUAGUGAAUCGAAAGUAGCUCUGGAGACACUUUUCAACCGCUGGCAUUCAGAGAACUGGCAAGAUUACCUCUCCAUUUGCGGAGCAGUGAUCGGAUGGACCCGCGGCACAGGAUUGAUGAACCAGAAUGAUCUUGUGGCCGAAGGGAUUGAAAAGUCUGGGAUGCGCACCUUUUCUCAGGAAGAGAUGGCGUAUUCGCUAGUUUGUUUGUGCGUUGGGGCUAUGUACGAGCUUUGCCAGGAAGCACCAGUCUAUGCUGAUCUGACAGGUGGAAUGGCCCAGGUCGCCAACUUGCCAGAGGCUUUGGGAGAACUGCGGCGCGAAAUGAAAGAGGAUAGCGAUAUCCAAGCUGCUUUGUUCCAGGAAGAUAAGAUUGAGGCUGAGGGCUCGAGCCCGAAACAACAAGCCACAUCCGUCUCCGAGUUGGAAGAAAGGGCCCACGUCAGGCUUGACUUCCCCCAGGUACUCGACUAUGACCGUGAUAUUGCCCCCUUGGGGAUGGUGGACCUGCACCGAACGGUUGUCGUGACUGGGUUUGCCGAACUUGGACCCCACGGGAAUGCCCGGACACGAUGGGAGAUGGAAGCAUAUGGAAAGUUUUCACUGGAGGGAGCCAUCGAAAUGGCCUGGUUGAUGGGCUUCAUUCGACACUUCUCUGGUACUAUCGACGGCCAGCCGUACUCUGGCUGGGUUGACAGCAAAACCAAACAACCGGUGGCUGACACCGCGGUUAAACCAAAUUAUGAAGAGGAGAUUCUGGCCCAUUCUGGAAUUCGCUUUAUCGAGCCUGAGCUUUGUGGCGGAUACGAUCCGAACAAGAAGCAAUUCCUGCAUGAGAUCGUUUUGGAGGCAGACCUCGAGCCCCUUUGCGUACCUGAGGCUCUUGCUGAACAAAUGCGUCUGGAGCAUGGCGCCUGCGUGACGGUGCAACAAGCGUCAACUCCAGACCUGUAUCAAGUGCAGCUGCGAAAGGGAGCUCGGCUAUUUGUUCCGCGUGCUAUGCAGUUUGAUCGUACUGUCGCCGGCCUUAUCCCUACUGGCUGGGAUCCUCGAACCUAUGGGUUGCCUGAUCAAAUCAUUUCCGAAGUGGACCGAUUGACGCUAUUCACGCUCGUUUGCACAGUCGAAGCAUUGCUCUCAUCUGGAAUUACUGACCCAUAUGAGCUCUAUCAAUAUAUCCAUGUUUCUGAGGUCGGCAAUUGUGUCGGCUCUGGUAUGGGAGGUAGUACCUCUCUAGGCAAGAUGUUCAACGACCGAAUGGCAGGGAAAGAAGUCCAAAGCGACAUCCUUCAGGAGACCUUUGUCAAUACUAUCAGUGCCUGGGUCAACAUGCUCCUCCUGUCAGCUAGUGGACCCAUCCGAACACCCGUUGGGGCCUGUGCGACAUCUGUCGAAUCUAUAGAACUUGGUUAUGACACAAUUGUGACAGGAAAAGCCAAGUUCUGUCUGGUGGGAGGGUCUGAUGAUUUUACCCCUGAGAUUUCAUAUGAGUUUGCCAGCAUGAAAGCGACCAGCAACUCACUUGAUGAGACUGCACGGGGACGGUCGCCCAGUGAAAUGUCGCGACCGACCACCACUACCCGCAACGGUUUCAUGGAAUCGCAAGGCUGUGGACUGCAAGUCCUGACUACUGCCGAUUUGGCGUUGAAAAUGGGACUUCCGAUUCGUGGCAUCGUUGCUUUUGUGAGUACAUCGAGUGACAAGGCCAGUCGCUCGGUCCCGGCCCCUGGACAGGGUGUGCUUGUCAACGCUAGACGAUCGGCGUCGAAUGUUGCUUCUCCUCUGUUGAAAGUAGCCAAUCGUCGGCGUCGCCUCGAUUUCCGACGCAGGCAGAUCGCCGAAUCCCGUGCAGUCGCGAUCGAGCAGCUGGACUUCGAAGUGGAGACCGUGUUGGAGCAAGAUCCGACAGUUGAUGUAGUUGCGUAUCGCCAGGAACGCCACGCACAGAUUCAGGUCGAGUUUGAUCAAGAAGAGCGAAAUGCCCAAUACGCGUUGGGCAAUGAAUUCUGGCGCCAUGAUUCAUCAAUCGCACCGCUCACAGGUGCUCUCGCCACUUGGGGGUUAACCAUCGAUGACUUGCAAGUCGCUUCAUUCCACGGAACCUCAACGGUGAUGAACGACAAAAAUGAGUCCAGCGUCCUUCAGCAGCAACUCACCGCGCUGGGGCGACGCAAAGGCAAUGUCCUUCUGGGUGUGUUCCAGAAAUAUUUGACUGGUCACUCCAAGGGUGCUGCCGGUGCAUGGAUGGUCAACGGGGCAUUGCAGAUGCUGGAUUCCGGGCUGGUUCCAGGCAAUCGCAAUGCCGAUAAUGUCGACUCGGCGCUGCAGAAAUUCGAUCUCAUUGCCUAUCUGAACCGACCGGUGCAUGUACCCGAUCUAAAAGCUGUGUCCAUCACCUCAUUCGGCUUUGGUCAAAAAGGCGCCCAAGCCAUCUGCGUGCACCCCCGGCAUGUCUUUGCCACCUUGACGCGUCAAGAGUACGACGCGUAUAUCGCUCUCCGCAUGUCUCGCCAACGGCGGGCUGAUGCAUAUUUCUAUGAGGGGAUGAGCUCUAACUCGUUGUUCCGGGCCAAAACAGCACCCCCAUUCCCGACCUCGAAGGAUAAUGAGACAUACCUCAACGCGUCUGCGCGUUUUGCUUCUUGA